GCAAACCAGUUGGGGAGCGCGGAGCCGCUGCAGAGGGGGCUGCCGCCCGAAAUCCUGCCAGCCCGGGUGCCACCAGGCAGGGCACGGCACGGCACGGCGGGGGCAGCGGCGCGGAGGGAGGAUGCCCCCGGCCGGAGGGGCGACCCCAGCGGCUGCGCUUGGGCCGGGGGAGCCGCCGCCGCAGCGGGGGCUGGAGCUACGAAGCGUUGGGAGCGGACUCGGAGCCCCAGGCACGGAGCCGCAGGGUCUGUUAGCCUGUGGUCCGUGAUGCCUGGGACCAGCCCUGUGUGAGGGGCUCUGCUUUUUGCCCGGGGCCCUAGGGUUCCACUGGAGGAUGUCCGUGCUGCCCCCAGCCCUCCAUCCGUCCAUCCAUCCCCAUCCAGCUCCAUUGGGCCUGUGGCCCGGUCCCCGCCCCGCACCAUGAAGGAUGAGGAGAGGCUGCACAAUAACGCCGUGGCCUGGUUGGCCUGCGCCGGGGUCUCCCUGCUGGCCAACGCGUGGGGCAUCCUGAGCAUCAGUGCCAAGCAGAAAAAAUGGAAGCCCCUGGAGUUCCUGCUGUGCACGCUGGCAGGGACCCACAUGCUCAACAUUGCCAUCCCCAUCACGAUGUAUGCGGUGGUCCAGCUCCGGCGACAGCAUUCUGACUACGAAUGGAACGAGGGGCUCUGCAAAGUAUUUGUGUCCACUUUCUACACCCUCACCCUGGUCACCUGCUUCUCGGUCACUUCUCUGUCCUACCAUCGCAUGUGGAUGGUCCGAUGGCCGGUCAACUACCGGCUGAGCAACACCAAGAAGCAGGCGGUGCACACGGUGAUGGGCAUAUGGAUGGUGUCUUUCAUCUUGUCCACCCUCCCUGCUGUGGGCUGGCACGACACUACUGAACGCUUCUACGCCCACGACUGCCGCUUCAUCGUCACCGAGAUUGGGCUGGGCUUUGGCGUGUGCUUCCUGCUGCUCAUCGGAGGCAGCGUGGCCAUGGGGGUGGUCUGCACGGCCAUCACCCUCUUCCAGACACUCUCCCUCCAGACUGGUCACAACCUAGACCGCAACAAGUUCAACGUCCCCACCAUUGUGGUGGAGGAUGCCCAGGGUAAGCGCCGCUCUUCCAUCGAUGGUUCGGAGCCUAUCAAGACUUCCCUACAGAUCACUUACCUGGUGGCCGGCAUCGUCUUCAUCUAUGAUUGCCUCAUGGGCUUCCCUGUGCUGGUGGUGAGCUUCACCAGCCUCAAGUCGGACACCUCCUAUACUUGGAUGGCUCUAGGCAUGCUCUGGUGCUCAGUGGUGCAGUCCCUCCUACUCCCCCUCUUCCUGUGGGCCUGUGACCGCUAUCGGGCUGACAUCAAGGCUGUCUGGGAAAAGUGUGUGGCCCUCAUGUCCAAUGAUGAAACAGACGAAGAGACCAGCCUGGAUGGGGGCCUCCACACAGACCUGAUGUACGAGCGGCCCUUUGACUAUGGCUAUCGGGGGGACUUCCUUGCCCUGGAUCACAUUGCCAAGUAUGACUUCUCUGCCUUGGAAAGAGGGAUCCCUCAGCUCUAUCCACUGCAGCCCAUCCAGGAGGACAAGAUGCAAUAUCUUCAGGUUCCUCCCACCAGGCGCUAUUCCCAUGACGAGACAGACAUGUGGCCCACAGUCCCUUUGCCUGCUUAUCUCCACCGCCCCUGGGGCUCGAGUGACGACAUGACCACUCUGGCCCAGCUGGUGUUGCCCUCCCCAUCUGACCGUCGUCGGGGCAGCUUGUUGGCCUUCUCUGAAGUCGCUCCCUAUCGCAAGCGCCGGAGGUCGGCAGAGAGUCUCCUGUCCCUGCGCCACUUCCCCCGUGAUGAAGUCUGUGGCCAGGACCUGGCAUGCUUUAGCCGGGAGGAGGUGGUGAGCUUUAUCGAUGAGUCUCCUCUGGCCAGCCCACUCCGAAGCCCGGCCCGCUCGGCGUCGGCCUCUGUGCUUCCCAACACCUUUGGCUGCUCCUCCGCCCAUUUUGCCCUGACGGACUUUGAGAAGGAGCCACAGGCCUUGCGUCGGCUCUCCGGCCAGGGUCGUGGCUGCCUCUUGGCACUGCCAGGGCCCUUCCAGGCCAGGGACCUCCAAGCCCCAGGCUUCUUCCCUGUGGACAGCAGAUGUCACCAGGGCUCCAUCCACAUUGAGCUUUGCGAGGCCCCUGCGUGUGAAGAGCCCCCACCUACGCCAGGUGCCCACCGGACUGGCUUGGACGCAGACUCCAAAAGGUUUCGGACGAGUUUGAGCGCUUCCUGGGGGGACUCAGAGAGCUUGAGGCCAGUGGGGGGCAAAGGCAGCAAUAGCAGCUUCCUGAGCUCUCCUUCCGAGUCCUCGGGGUACAUCACCUUACAUUCUGACUCCCUGGGCUCAGCCUCCUAGUAGAUGGAGGGGAGGGGGCAGUACUCCCCGCCACAGAGUGUCUGGCCCCUUCCCCUGGGCUCCCUUACCGUGUGCCAAGGGUGAGGAAGGGUAACGAGCUAUUGAUUUCUCCUCUUCUGCUAUUACAGGCCUUGGCCUCGGGGUAGUUGGAGCUGAGUCAAAACACCAAAGAAUCGCUCUCUCAUCUCCUUCCCCCUCCCCCACCAAGAAGCCCUGCUAAGCUAAAGCUGGAGCUGGUGGCUCCGGCUGGAGAUGGAGAAACCGCAGAGCCCUGGAGGCUGGGAACCGAGGGCAGAAGGCAGACUGAGCUCAGAUCUGCAAGGGAGAAGAGGGAAGGGCGAGCCGGGCAGUCUGAGAACCCCCACGUGGGGUAGAAAGAACAACACGAGGUCUUCUCUUCCUUCCUCCUUCCCUUUUUCUCUCCUCUGCCUCCCUGCUGCCUUUUCCUUCCUCUCCCCCUCCUUUCACUCUAGCCACUUUCCACUGUGACCCAUAACCAACUGUAGCUCUACCCUUGUCCCCCAACCCUUUAUACUCACUCCUUGAGGCCGUGGAAGGAGAGAAAAGAUCCUCUCUGGCUUCUCUAAAAAGCACAGGGGCAAGCAAAAGCCCAAACCUGUUUCCCUCCUCACAUGCCUCAGGCCUGUUCUGCCUCAGUUUCCCCACCUGUGAAGGAUAGGGGAUGCUAAUUACUUAACUCUCAGGGCUGUGGUGAGGACUCUUGUCCUUUGUGUGUGCAGAACGGGGCAGUGGGGUAACAAUUGGGAUGGCCAGUCUAGGGAGAAAUGAAAAUCUCCAGGCUUCAUUCAUCCAUUGGGGUGUAGACAGGUGCAAUGUCCAGAUGUCCAAUAUCUCUGUUCUUUACUUCCCCUCAUGAUCGCCAACUGGGAAUGUGAAACACAGUGGGUGUCCUGGGUGAGAAAGGGACAACACCAGGGCACUGAGCCAGGACCAUGCAUUCUAGGGAUUCUAACCCAGCAGCCCACAGCUCAGUCCUCCUCUCCCACACUGGCUUGGCUUAAAGGUCAGGGGCCAGGCCUUCCUGCUCCAAUACUGCAGCAAGACUCCCUGGGUCUCAACCCCAAAUCAGAGCAGAGAUGCCUAAGCCUGGCAGCAUCUCCAAGGGCAGGGGGCAGGAGGUGGGGAGCGGUAUACACUGAAGCUGGAUCUGCACAAAGGCUGCCCUGAAUCUUCCCUUCUCAAGCAAUUCAAAAGACUCCUGAGCAGGGAGGGGUUUGGGGGUUUCAGUUGGGUUGCUGGGAGGGACCACACUUCUCAGGUCACUCUUUGCAGCCA